AUGUCGUCUGUACAUCAGUAUUUUUUAUCGGAGGAGGAAAGGAAUAGUUAUGAAAUAAAGAAAUACGUUACAGACGAUGUUUCCAAGGAGGUCGAGUAUUUUUUACCGACCGAGGUUGCGGUUCAUAAUACAGAAAUUGAUUGUUGGAUCUCCUAUAACGAUAUGGUGUACGAUCUGACUGAUCUUUGUAAGGUUUGGGCGAAUAGAAGAGAGAUCAAACCAAUACUGGCCUACGCUGGUAAAGAUAUAAGUCAUUGGUUCGAUCAUGAGAAAAAUGAUAUUAAAUAUUACGUACAUCCUGUUACGGGAGCGUUGGUACCGUAUUGCCCUCAUGGACCGAUCCCGGAUGUAAUACCCUCUGUAGUUCCUUGCAGUACUUGGCGACCAUUGGAUAAAUGUCCUUGGUGGCUGGACGACAAAUAUAAAAAAGGACACUUGACGAAAAACGCACGUCCAUGUAGAAUUUUAAACGUCCUUGUUGGUGUGCAAGUCGUUAUAAUGGUCUGCGAGGAAGAUUCCAUCAGCCGUAUCCAAGAACGUGCCCUUGUUUAUAACAAAAAUGGAAAAUCUUAUACGUGGAAAUUCGAAGGGAAGGAUUUGAAUCUCGAUUUAACUCUGACAGAAAAUGGUAUUCCGGAUGAACGUGAACGUUUCGCCGCUUGUGGCAUUCCCGACGAUUAUUAUAUUCCAUGCCUCAUGUGUUAUUACAACGAAUAA